AUGUGUCAACCUGAAAUAUUCGCCGAAAUGAAGUCGCACGAGCGAUGGUCGCAUAGGUCUCUCUCUGACUCUCUGGACACCAUCCCUGCGAUCCAGCGCAACGCCCAAACCAUCCAGCAGAUACCUCAUAACUCCUUCGUAAUAAUGGUUGCGUCCAACCCCGCCUUUGGCAAAAGCAUCAUCUCGCUCGUUCUGAGCGCUCACGCAAACGGCCUGCAUGGACACUACCACAGCUCGAGCAGCCCAUGGCUGCAGUAUUGGUGUAGGGGUCUGUCUAAUCGCAACUCGACGCAAAUGCACGGAUGAGACGAUGUACGCAAAAACCCAAAACGUCAAUCCUUCACACAUCGACAGACACACCGGCCUUGUCUGGGGAUCGCCAUUGUCACAUACCCGGUUUAGUCAUCAGAAAAAAACACACCAUCCGUAAGACUGAUCGGAAAAUGAGAAUUCGAUCGACGGAAAAAAAAACGGCCACUUCACACACGCGGGCCAACAACCGGUGUAGGACCGAACUUUGGGGGUCGCAUGGGAAUUCAGAGAAAAUUCACGCUCAUGGUGUUCCGUGAUCAAAUCCCAUGGUCAUCUCUUCCCAGUAGAACGCUAAGGAUUUGCUAACCAAUUACCACAUCGCAGACUCUGCAGGCAUCAAGAUAUUGGGUAAGACGCGCACGCCUUUCCUUCUUUUUUCUCUUUACCAUCCACACACCCACCUACUUUGAUACUCUCACUCACUCGCACACACACGCGCGCGCACACACUUUUCGCUGAAAUGAGUCGAUGGAAACAUGGAGUAUGGUUGCCCCGAGCCUGGUGAUUCGACAGGCCUUGCCAUGGCGGCUAUGGGGUGACAUCUCCAAAUCUCCAAAUCUGGGCAAAGAUAGGCAGAGAUAACGGGGCCUCUUCCUGGGGUGGUGUCGCCCCAGGAGCCUUGCAAUUGGGCAAGGGCAUUUUUGAGAGGAGCGCACAGCAGCAGACGAUGAUUUCUUCCCAAAACCAGGACUUGUCUGGUACCUGCCCAGCAGUCGAGUCCUUUUUGCCUUUGAGCAUCUGUGGAUAGCAAAUUGCGUACACACACCGGCCCAGCCUGGGCAGCAUGUGGUGAAACAUGGCAUUUGGCUUAGAAUGCACUUUGCAAGAAUCGGUUUCUGUAAGAAUCCCAUCACACUUUGACAAGGUUGACAAGGGAGGGCAGGACCCUUGCGGGGUUCAGGGUCAAUUGCCCCUCCUCUUUUUUGGGUCAAUUAAAUCAUUUCCUGUCCCAAGCUCCUCCCCUCUCAUUUUUUGUUGAUGAUGAUGAUGAUGAUGAUGUGGUGUUGUGUUGUUGAUGAUGAUGAUGUUGUGCUCACUUGCACACAUACCUAUUUUGUGGGGAAUUCUGAAAUAAUGAGUUUGCAUCAUCAGAAACACAUCAGUAUUUGAUCAAAAACUUACGAUUCGUAACAUGCACGUAUACGAAACCCAAAAAGCAGACAGGUGUGAUGACCGCAUCGAGGGAGGUUGUUUGUAUCAGGGAGUUUUUUUACCAAGGCAGAUGGAGGACGGAGGAUGGAGGAUGUGAACCCUUCCUGAUCAAGGUUUUGUUGCACAGGUUUUGAUCAUCAGGUGUAGGAGACAUGAUGGUGGCGAUCAGAGGUUUUUAGUGGC